ACUCACCACUCUCCAACACACACAACAUCCACACGCACCCCCCCUUCGUCUAACCACCAUCUUAGUGUACAUUUGUUCAUACUUAGAUAACAACUGUGCCGCACAAAGCAACCCCUCGACGCCCCCUCAACCUUCUCACCACCCUCUCUCCAACCCUGACUCUUGCUCGCCGUCAUGGCGUGCACCCCCAAUCCCUCCUCCCAGCCACUGCAAAAAAACAAAUGCUCCCGCUUUCCGUAAUGAGAGCGAUGCCCGGCUCCCUCUGCGCGCCCCGCGUCACACACGCACACACACACACACACACAAAUGCUCGUCCCAGCUCGGCUGUUUUGUUCUCGAAUGCUUUGGAAGGCGAUCGCAGCCGCUGAGUCGCCGACCCAUGUAGCAUUCUUCCCACAGGUUGCACCGCACACCGACACGGAACCUGCCUGCGUUGCUCCUGCCUGCCAGUGCGACAUGGUCGCUGCGCCGUCAGACGCGUCGUCAUUGCAAGCUACCGGAACCCUCCCAGCCUUCCGCGCCUCCAAACCCACGGAUCCUGCACGUAGCCGUCUACACGUCCACAACACACACGCAAACUCUCUCUCCAUCUCUCGUCCGAUGCGCCUCGCUGGCAUCGCUGUCGUGCCAGCCUUUGCCCACAUACCGCCCCAUCGGCCAUGAGACCUGUUUCUGCGCUGCUGCGUCAUGUCACGCCCACAAUAUGGCUAGGGCGAUGAGCUGGCCAGGAAACUCUUAUCCGCUUUCAGGCUUACGCCGUAACGCUGGCACUUUGCACAUUGGCCAGAAUGCAGCCGUUAUGCCAGCGACUAUGAAGCAGUAAAUCCCCUGCUCGCUGCGCCUCUGAUUGGCUGCCGUCAAAAAGGCUCCCUUGUCGAUAGUCGGGCAAGGGGCUGAAGCAUCGCACUUAGCCUGAGACAUCGCCCAGGGCAUCCCCGUCCUGUCUUUCUUUUUUUCCUCCCUGGAAAAACAAGCCGAAAGCCACGCGACGCCGCUUGUGGGCACUGGAUGCGUACAUACUCUACUUACGGACGUACCUUGUUUGCACA